AGUUGUGCUACCCAUCUAGGCCACUUCGGUGAAGUUUAGUUGGGAGGUGCCACGAGCGUACGCUUGGCCAAAAGUUACUUAUAAGCAGGCAACUCUGGAACUUCUAUGUUAGGUGAUCCACAGGGCUCUAGGGCUUCUUAGGUGCUCCAUAGGGCUCUCGUCCAACUUCAGCUACUAGUGUGUACGUUUAUGCCCUCACUUGUACUUGAGUUUGAAGAUUUUUUCAGAUAACUAGAAGCGACUACGCCACGACGACUAGAAAAUGUCGACUUCCGCAGAGGCACCAGAGAACAAAGACAAAGUCAUGGAAGAACGACUCUUACCUGCACCAGAACGGCUCCUACCUGCACCAGAGGAACAGCAACAACAACAACAACAACAAGGUGGCAUAAUGAACGUUCUCGCGACAGGUGGUGAACAUCAAGCAGUUCCACCUUCAGGUCAUGGAAACCAAGCGCCUCUCCUUAAGGGUUGCAAGUAUUGGCCUAUAGUCUAUCAUCUCUUAUAAGCAUGGAUGCACUAGUCUAAGUCUAUCACCUUUUCUUUAUCAAGGGGGGUAAAACUAAAAGGCAUAGAUGUGUUAGAUAAAUUAUCUACGCUUGUUAUGUAAGUUUCUAGAUCAUCGGUCAAGAAUUUGCAAGCGCUAAUCUCUCACCCGGUAGCGGUCAACCACCAGCAACACAGGUGGACUUUGGGAUGAGCCAGAAUGAACCAGAAGAUGGCGAAAAUGCGGCUCCUCCACAAGAAGAAGUGCGAACCUCAAUGAAAGUUAUGGCUAGAAAGAUGAACAGCAACAGGAACAGCACCUAGAUCAUGGAUAGGAUGGAUAUCGAUAUAAAUCAUUCGUCCUCCGUAACUCUAGUGCUCUGUAACAGUUGUAGUGGGUUGAAUUUGUAUCAAGAUCAACCUUAGUACUAACGUUUUCUCUGUUGUGGGUUGUACCGACCCCGCUUCAUAUUUUGAUUUUCGUAAUUGGGAAGCGGGGGUCAAUGCCUCAUCCUAGCGUAUUGUGGAUGGCACAUUAGACUUAGUCGUAGUUUUCUUCAUCAACGUAGCUCACUGCUCGGCUAAGCGAAUAACUACUUAUCAAAAAAGCCCCUCGUGCACAUUAUAUAUUUGCAUAAGCAACUUGGACGAAAAAACCCUAAGCCCUAGCCCAUCCCCUCGCAUCAGUCUGUAAGUCAGCUAAACCCUCAACAUCAUCUAACACCUUAUCGAAUUCCUCGGAGUUGGAACCUAUACGGAGUGCCAAGUUGAGCGAGGAGGUGAGGAAAUGCCGAAGGAUAGCUCCAGAACGGUACCAGAGCGUCUUCAAACAGGCUCAGGCAUACUUCUCAGUCGAAGACUUCGAGCCCUGGCUUCAAGAUGCACAAAACCAGCUGAGGCUUAGGGAGUACUUACAAUUUACUUGUUGAUGUUGUAGUCCCUCCAAUCGAUGCUGUUAAUGUUGUGCUUGUGGUCGUGGUCGAGUUCUUGUGUUGUUGUGGAUUCAUUUGCUGGUCGUUGAUGUGAUUUUGGAUUUGGUGGAGCAUUUUUUUUUCGUUUUGUUCUCACUCGUCUAGAUACAACUUGUUGCACCUACAGUGCUUGAAAUUAAAUAUAUUAUCUUUCUUCUGGUUUUCAGUUUAAUGAUCAUGAUUAUCUUCAAGCCUAUGAGUAAAAAUUAUCGCGCUAAAAAACAACUCUCUACUCAAAAACAGCCCUCCCUUGUUCUACUCUCUUGAAUAUAAAACUCUUUACCAGGUGGCUCCUGCAAUUCAACAGUAGUGACGCGCAUACUUCCUCUAAGGGAACGAAAGCUUUGUAUGAUUUCGUGAAAGUUCGGGUGAUGGCUAGGCGUCGCCAAUUAGACAGCCAGGGCAUGUCCAGCUCCAAAGUGGUGGAAUACUUAAGGCGUGGUGGUGGUCUCGUUUUCAAGUCCCCCCUGGUAGUAGUAGUAGUGUACCCAGUCUGGAGUUAUAAUUCAAAUUUCUCCGGGUUGUUGUGGGAGCGUGGUCCCUUAUUAUUCGAAAACUGAACAUAAGCGAGUUGUAGCUAACUGAAGAAAUGAAAUUCAUCUUGGAGGUUGUUGAGAAGCAUAUUGGGCGAGCCUUUGGCUAUCCCUAAGGAAGGAUCUUGAGAAGCAUCUCCCUUCUUCUUUGACCUCCCCUAUUCCCUAUAAGGAAAGGGAGCAUCUUCUUGGGCCUUUCCCUAAGGGGAAAGCACACCACGAGGACAUCUUCAUCUUUGACCAUGGACGCCCCUUAAUUUCUCUAUAAUGUAGGAAAGGGAAGCAGUUCAAGAUGCCAUCCAUCCAAUCCAUAUCUACCUCACAAGUAGUUCAUACCAUUUACUGUUGUUAGAACGCCGCUACAAGUCUGGGUCAUUGGUAGUUUCUUUGGUGUAGUGAAAGUAAAACUUGUAGAGUUAGACUGUCAUCAGUGUAAGGCAUCAACAGGCUCCAGCUCUAAAGUACGUCUUUCACCGAACAAAGAAGGCAUACGGAUCACAGUCGAUGGGGUUAUGGGCAGCCUACCUGGAGUCCAAAUCAAAAAAAGUCGCCGUCUACGUGGACAACCAAAUACAGUAAUAUUUAGUAGACUUUGGUUUACUAUGUACAGCAAGAAUGGCGACGAUGUGUCUUGUUUUCGUUUCAUUUUUCCGUCAGUAGAGUUGUCUCAUCAUUUACGCACAUGCAACUACUUAUUUCUACUGAUUUUUUUACACUAAUGAAAUAGCAUUUGAAUUUGAGUGAUUUGAUGAUAUCCAAGAAUUUUUGACGUUAUUCCAUUUAGUGCGAAUUCAUUUCCUGGCGAAGAGAUUGCACCAGCAUCAGAUUUGAAUCAGAAACUGCCACACUCUGUCCUGAAAAGUAUACUAAUAGUAUUCAUGUCACCUAUAAAAGCGUGAACAGUUCUCAAAUUCCUCUAGAAACGCUUAAAAAAGUUGAAAUAUAUUCAAUAUUUACUAACAUGAUGCAAAUCCACAAAAAAAUCUCAAAUGUAAUCUAUACUAGAACAGUUUAUAGGGGUGUCGGAUUCAGGAUGGCAUGGAACGGAUGGACCUCCCAGGUCCGCUAAGAAUUUCAAGUAGGGCCCGAAGGCUUAGGUGUGCCCAUCCCAUUCACCCACGGCCGUCCUGCGUCCGUUCUUUGAAUUAUUCUAAUGUAGUCUUUUGCUUUCUGACUGUUUCUCGUGUUUGUUGAGUUUGCAACUUUGGCCACCGAUAUUACGUAAUCUAUCGAAAACACCUAACCCUAUCCACAAAGAAACUACAACAGGGAAGCAGAGCGCGCGCAUAAGGCAAAAUCGUUCACAAGUAGUGGAGGCGCUUCUGUUAGCAGUGGCGCAAUAGGCAGUUCGGGAUCUACAGCUGCUCUGCAUGAGAGGAUCCGCGCGAUCAAGGCGAGAGCUAACGCUACAGAUAGCGCACCGAGGACACUGGCGAAUGGAGGUACAAUUACCUAUGUUGUACUAUUUUGUUCAUACAGUAACCUAACCACAGGAAGCAAAGGCGCCACCCUAUAUGUAUCCUAUCCUAAGGAUUAGUUUUGGUUUUCUUGAAAAAGGUAUGAAAAUUACUACAAAAAACUACUGCAUUAAUUUCAUAUAUUCGGUGCGGACGUGUAUAAGUAUAAUGUUGUUGUUUUUUUGUUUUCUUUAAAUGAACUAUACCCUGGAAUUGUUGAUCAUGUUCGAGCAAAUAGAACCUCGUAGGUACGAGCAGCCUAUAGUGUUGCACUCGUCACUUUAAUAGAAGCCGAGCUAGGUAGAGAAUAGCUACUCUAAACAACUCAGGCCCAGUUAGCACUUUGACGCUGACCCAGGAUGCCUUAGAGAAGCUGGGCAAGAGACCCGCGCCUGCACCGCCGAAAGACGUGCAAAGGAAAAGAAGAAAAGAUUAAGGCCCCACCACUUAAUACAUCUUUUAGCUCAUCUGGUGUAAGCUGUUUUCAAGUAGAAAAGGGGAGACAGAUGAGGCAAAAGAUGGAUUGUGGUGAGUUCUAAAAAGGAGAGGAGGAUAGAGACCGAAGGCGCAAGCCAGAUCAGGACGUUGAUAGGGAUAAUCUGAAGCGUACUAGUACUGGAGCUGGUGGAGUCAACGCAGCAUCUUCUUCAAAGGUGGGAGUAGAACCCAGAAAAAGAAAAUUCAGUAGCCUUACCGCACAGGAACUGUUAGGAGGAGAUUCCUUGCCAGAUAGGAAAGCAACGACUACAGCUGGUGGGGCUUCAUCUAGUGCGGCUUUUGGUCAUCAUGCAGUUGCUUCAAGCACGACGACCACUACGACCAAGAAGCCAUCAAUUUUCACUAGCACACCACACUUACGGCUUACAGUUACACUAUUUAACUCAUCUUAUAUUAAGAAGCAUCUGUGACCCCCCUUUAAGGGGAAAGCACGCUUACACCAGAUAACGGAUCUUCUAUUUUUAAGAAUAUUUAGAUUUUUUUCUUUUUCUUUGGUCGUCCCCUUUUCUUUAAGGGACGAAGCAAAGAAAGCACCACGGUAAAGAAGAUGCUUUUCGUCAAGAUGAAGAAUAUAAGUUACAAGGUCUAACAAAUGGCUUACCACUGCCACCGCCUGCAGCACAGUAUUAUGGGGAGUUGGAAAUGCAACCUACACUACGCUAUCUGAGGAAUAUGCCAGCAGGUUCGAUCUCUUCUAGCCCAAAACCCACUCCUUCUACCACGACAACGACGAUGCAACAACAUACUAGUACUACGGCAGGUCCUCCUACAAAUGGAGUAGUUGUACCUGGAGGAGCUAAUGGUGCACCAAAUAGUUCCUCUUCAGCAGCAGCAGCCUUACUAGCAGACGAUGACGACGACCUCUUAGCGGAUGACAUGAUUAUUACGGCUUGAGGAAAUCCAUCCUCGUGUCCCCGUCUAUCACCUUCCCCCUGUUUUUAGAAAAAGGGAAAGAACGGGAGGUAAAGGAUGGGUUUCUGUAUAAGAAGUUCUAAGAUUCGCACUAAAAAGAAGAAAACCGCGACAGGCUUUGAAGAUGUGGACAUUGACUACGAUGACUUGUGAACGGAGGAGAUGAAAGAUAUGAACAAGGAGAGGACAAGUACCAAUCAGCAUCACCUCAAAGUAGGAUUAAAAAAACACGGUGGAGCACUAAAAAGACAGCAGUAGGGUCAAAAACAAUAGCAAGCCUAACAAGGGAGUACUAUAAGGAAAAACAAUAGCCGCGCCAAAAGAGAAUAGGCAAACAAGAUGGGCCCCUGACUAAGUAUCUUCGUACGAGCAACAGCACUUGUUCGAAGGUGUGAAUUUGUUGAUAUGCUCUUCUUAUCAAAGACCGACGUUGUGUAAGGGAGAACACCGCCAUACCGAUGAUGUUGAUGUGAUGUUUCUCUGCUCUUAGUACUAUUUCUAGACCACGACGCGGUGAGAAAAAUUGUGCUGAAGUCGAUGAUGAAUGUGUAUGUGUUUACAGUCGAUGAAGUGGAAUUUCUUUGAUUUCGAAAAAAUUGCUGAAG